AUGGAACCCGGAUCACCAUCAUUGUUGUGGCCGCUGCGCCUGAGCAAGCCUGCAGUAACCGUGCCGGUGCCUGCCGGCGAGGACAGCAAAGCGGAGGAGAGGGCUCAGUCGCCAGUGCUGACGGACCGGCUGACGGCGGCUCCUUCACCGUCCAGCCCUCCGGCGCCCUCCAGCCCGGCGCCACCUCAACACCAGUUCCAAGCGGCGCUGGUCGCUGAAAAGUAUCUCCUAUUGGAACAAGUUGAGGGCUCCUCGCUUUGUCGGUGUGUGGACGUGCGAACGCAAGAGGAAUAUGUGUGCAAAGUGGUGUCACGAGAUUGCAGCAGCUUACUACAAGCCCACUAUAGGCUUGAUGGUCAUCCGCACGUCAACCCCAUACACGAAGUCCUAGUCGGUGAUAAGAGAGUAUAUCUUAUCUUCCCUCGGUCGCACUCCGACCUCCACUCAUACGUGAGGGCGCGAAAACGGCUAAGGGAACACGAAGCUCGCAGGCUGUUCAGACAAAUGGCAGAAACAGUUGCCGCGUGUCAUGAACAAGGCAUCGUUUUGCGGGAUCUUAAACUGAGAAAAUUUGUCUUCGCUGAUCCUCAAAGAACGACGUUAAAACUGGAGUCGUUAGAAGACGCAGUAGUUCUCGACGAUCCUGAAGAAGACUUACUUCAGGACAAGCGAGGAUGUCCCGCCUACGUGUCACCAGAAAUCCUAAGAGCUCACCGAACAUACUCCGGCAGAGCAGCAGACAUGUGGUCGCUCGGCGUGAUACUAUACACCAUGCUUGUUGGGAGGUAUCCAUUCAACGACUCUGAGCAUGCGUCUCUGUUUGCGAAAAUAUCACGGGGUUACUUCGUGGUGCCGGAGUGCCUGUCGUCGCGGGGCAAGUGCCUGAUCAGGUCACUACUGCGGCGCGAGGCGUGCGAGCGGUUGAGCGCGCGCGACGUGCUGCGGCACCCGUGGCUGGCGCGCGACCCGCGCAACGAGCUGCCGCCGCGCGCCGCCGCGUCGCACGACCGGCUCGUGCCCGACGUAGAGCUGGACGACUGCGUGUAG